AACUACUCGCUUUCCUCCUCUCUUCAUGGUCAGGAAAGGGUCCGCCAGCCAGCCACUCUUCUGACAAGAGGUACUGUUCUGCUCGUCGACCCUAUAAAAUCCUGGUGUUUGAUUCUUCUAGGGUUUUCAGAGAAACUUUGCCAGCAUUUUUCUGCAUCAUUCGACUGCUCUCGGGGCAAUUGCGGUCCUCGCCGCUGUUACAUCUAAUUUUGUACUUUUCUGGAAAUUUGGGCCUCAUUGGUUCCUCCAGCAUCUUAAGAAUUCUGACCGAGGAUAGGGAUUUCGAUCCAUGGAAACAUCCGGAAGAGAAUCAGAUCCUUAUCGAACAUCGGGCGCUUCCGGUGCUGUUGCGAAUGGCGGCCUGUCGAGGAGUUACGCGAUGCAGCUGUCGACUUCGAGCUUCAUCCAAGCGCUUACUGCUUUUCUGGAGUACUCUGGAGUCCUGCGGUCGCAAUCGAGCAAUCAUCGGCUGAGCGAGAGCUUUCUGUCAGGUGAAGCCAACGGGGGUCCGGUUGAACAUGCUUCCGGCCGGCGGGAGUUGUCUUCGAGCUCGAGUGCAGGCGGUGAUGGUGAGGUACUGAUAAGGAUUAUCGUUCCGGGUGAUCAUGAUGGCGUUAGGUCCGGUGGUCAGGGACCGGCUCUGCCGUCUGCUAGAGUAAGGGCCACUGGUGAGAAUAGCGCGCCUGUCGAGGAGAUUCCGACGGCGUCCGAUGAUAGUGGGCUUGGAGAUGAUGGCGGGAGCGAGUAUGGGGCCAGGGAGGUUGAUGGAUCACCGGCCUCUCAGCUGCCAUCGGUGUCACCCGCUAAUACGCAGAGAUCAGAUGGUGAAGGGACCCUUGGGGGUGCUAACAGUAGCGAAUCAUCGUACCAGAGAUUUGAUAUCCAGCAGCUUGCGAAAUGGGUUGAACAAAUACUGCCAUUCUCAUUACUUUUGUUGGUCGUGUUCAUUAGACAACAUUUGCAAGGGUUUUUUGUCACUAUCUGGAUAGCAGCAGUGAUGUUCAAAUCUAACGACAUAUUACGGAAGCAAACUGCUUUAAAGGGGGAAAGGAAAAUGCUAGUGCUUGUCGUAAUAACAGUGGUUUUCAUGCUUCAUGUCUUUGGCGUAUACUGGUGGUAUAGGAAUGAUGAUAUUUUGAAUCCACUGGUGCUACUCCCCCCUAAGGAAAUUCCACCAUUCUGGCAUGCUAUAUUCAUAAUUUUGGUGAAUGACACAAUGGUUAGACAGGCAGCUAUGGUGUUAAAAUGUGUGGUGUUAAUGUGCUACAGGAACAAUAGAGGGCGAAGCUAUCGUAAGCAGGGUCAAAUGUUAACUCUUCUGGAAUAUUUUCUCUUCUUGUACCGUGCAUUAUUGCCAGCACCUGUUUGGUAUAGAUUUUUCCUUAACAAGGAAUAUGGGAGCUUCUUUUCAUCUCUUAUUACCGGGCUAUACUUGACCAUCAAGUUGACAACUAUUGUUGAUAAGAUUCAUUCAUUCCUUGCAGCAGUGAAGUCUUUGUCUUGUAAAGAUGUGCAUUAUGGGUCACAUGCAACAGCAGAACAGGUAAUUAUAGCCGGCGAUCUUUGUGCUAUUUGCCAAGAGAAGAUGCAGACACCAAUUCUCCUUCGUUGUAAGCACAUCUUCUGUGAAGAUUGUGUAUCUGAAUGGUGA